AUGAUUGGUUUCCACACCGUGGCCCUCGUGCUCCUAUUGGCGGCGUUUGUGUUCACGCUCCUCGCCCUGAUCUCCGGCCCCGUGGCGCUGACGCUCGUGCUUGCCGAGGCCCUGGGCGUCAAGUACGGGAUCUUUGGCUAUACGUCGAGUUCGCAACACUUUCAAGGCUACCCUAUCCAUUUUAGUGAUGUUACCAACCAGCCUCGCGACUGGGUGCUUUCGCAAGACCAGCGCACUAACUGUGCCAAGGCGUUUGUCAUUGCUCCCAUUGCCUGUGGCUUUAGCUUCUUUGCCGUCGUCGGCUAUUUAAUUGGCCAUUUCGUGUGGGUGGGGCGUAUUAUCGGCUUGGUGCUCAACGUUAUUGCCGCGCUCUGUCUGAUUGCCAUCUGUGUGUUGGUGGUGCUUGUGUUCCACCCUCACGUCAGUGCUAUUGGCUGGCUCACCGUGGCUGCUGCGGGGUGUGCCCUUAUUGCCAUUAUUCCUGGUCUCCUUUCGUUGUUCCUCGGGACAAGAAAGGAUGCCGACGACCGCGACGAUACGCUGCUGUACGACGAAAACUCCAACAGUUACGACGGACAGAAGUUGGACGAUAAGUUUGGCCACGUCCACACUAACGUCAUCAGUCUCCCACACACCAACCACAACGAUAACCGCUCGUUUGCCUACCAGCCGAAGCCGCAAGCGGUGGCUCGCCCCGGUAAUGUCGCCGCCGUCAACGGCCAGCCCAAAUACCUGACGGAAAGCAAAUUGACCAACAAGUCGCUGGUGGACCUGACUGGUGCUACGCAACCGCCGGUGGCUCCAGCGACGGUGGUACCUCAACUGGCACCGAGAGUGACCCCCACCGCUCCUUACGGUCAACAACAAGCCCUGAGAGUGACCCCCGGCGCUGCUUAUGGUCAGCUGACUCAGUUCUCUCAUAACCAAGCCGUUCAAAACGCCCAACCCGGCGUCGGUGCCUCUGCUCCCAUCUCUAGAUCUACCGUCGGUGGAGCUAACCAGGCUGCCACCACCGGCACCACGCCGUAUCCCACUGGCUCGUGGGGGCCGCAACAGGCUCAGCCUCAACCCCGUCCGCUCUCUGAUCUGGACGAGUUUGAUGACGAAGACAACUUGGGCGGCGCUGGCCACGGCGGCUACCCGCUGGAUUCCGACUCCGACUUCACCCUGGUGAGCCAGCGUGCUCCCAACCCCAACUACGAACAGCCGCCGGCGCCGCCACCUCAUCGGGGGGUGGUCCCCGGUGCUGGUGGUCCCGGCGUGGUUCCGCUGGCGUUUGCGCAAAACCAGUCGUUCCACCAGCAGCAGUCGCCCGGGAGAAUGCCGGGCCAGCCCUACCACGGCCAGUUACAGCCUCAGCGUCCCACGGUGCUGGAACAGGCGCUCAGCAGCAACCCGGACUUCGGGUUCCCUCAAGCUCGCCGGCGCCAGGCCGGGUUUGUGCCGGUAGCGGCACGCUAUAAGCCCCAGGCCGCUGGCCGGCCCCCCGCCGCAAACCGCCCCGGGUAUUAUUGA